CAACCUCCCCACAGGAGUAAGAUUUUGAUCUGACGGCACAAGAGAUCAUAUCCCCCUCACCUGUCAAUACAGGGCUGAACUGAGAAACUAUACUUGCAGGUAGAGGGAGACCCUUGCAGGGACAACUUGAGGCCAUGGAUCCUGCCACUGCAGAAAAUGUUACCGCCAAAAAAUGCGAGCCUGGAGAAGCGGAGUAUUCAGAGGGAGAAUACGAGACAUCGGUUAACCAGGAGAAACAAGAUGACCUGCGAUCUCACAAGGACAGCCUGGCUAACACGGAUGUCCCCUUGAAUUUAAAUGUAGACAAAUCUGGACAUCUGAGGUUAGAGACAAUUGAUGACCUCCAGAAUAUUCUGCAACUGAGGAAGUCAAGAAAGAGAGCGAGAAGAGUACAAGUUCGCAAGCCACCACCCCCACCAGAGACUGUGCCUUAUUAUGUGAAUGAGGAAGAUUUCUUCAAGGCCUGCGAGGAGAACAAACUGCCAUUGAUCGAAAGGUAUCUGGAAAAAUCGGGAGAUAUCAACGCUUGUGACAAUUUCAGACGCACAGGCCUGCACAGAGCUUGCACACAGGGACACGUGGAUGUUGUGAAGAGGCUACUGGAGGCUGGAGCUUCAAUUGAGUACAAAGACAAGCUGGAUGCUACUGCUGUCCACUCUGCCUGCCGAGGAGGAAGCACAUCUGUGUUAGAACUGCUGCUCAACAAAGAUGGCAGCUUCUCUGCCAGGGAUAAGCUCCGCAGCACUCCCCUUCAUGUUGCAGUGAGAACCGGUCACUAUGAAUGUGCUGAACAACUAGUCCACUGUGGAGCUGACGUCAAUGCCAAAGACAGGGAAGGAGACACUCCCAUGCACGAUGCAGUGAGACUGAACAGAUUCAAAAUCAUCCAACUACUCCUGCUUCAUGGAGCCAAUCCAAAACUCAAGAAUUGUGUGGGAAAGUCAGCAUUGGAUAGCACUCUGGAGUGGCAGAGUGGGGCUAAAUCGAUUCUCAGCAACUUCAAGGAUGAUGCAAAAACUCCUGUCAAGUCAAGUAAAGUCCUGUUCAAUUAAAUUGCAUUUUAUACGGGUCGGAACUCACUCAGAAUGAGUAGAUAACAGCGAAAGAUAGCCCAGUUCCUUUGUGCAGAGUAGUUGUCAAAGUGAUUAUUUAUCUGUUGAUUAAAGACAUACAGCCUCCAAGGUUUCAUCAUAGAUGAAGAGGCGAAGGGAGAGGAUGUACUCAGCCCAAAAUCUGUCCACGGGAGAUAAGCCCGUCACACAACUGUCUUGUCAAUAGAUAUUUGGUGUAAUUUACGCUAGGCUGACUUCAAGGACCGGAGUCAAUUUUUGUGAACUAGCAGAGGUUUGGUCUGGAACUUUGAGCUAACUGCAUUUGCUCCCAGGGAUGUUUGUUUCUUUAUAGGCAGCUUAUUGGAAGUCUGAAAUGCUAAAGGUUGACAAAUGAACUAUGAGGGGGGAAAGAGAAAGUUCAACGUUUGGAAAAUGUGACUUGCCUUAUGACAUCAGCAUGACUAUAGUAUACAGUCACAUUUUUAGAAAGAAAUGACUGAAUUGAUACAUUCUUAAUUUCUCUUUAAUAUAAAAAGAUAGUCACAAAACAAUACUGUUCCGCAGAAAGCAAGCCUGUGGCUUCAACCUGGUUUUGUGGUAGUCAGUGAGAAUACAGGAUUUGAAAAUGCUUGUGUAGUAUUAAUACACUUCCUGAAGUAACUGCAAUGUUUCCACUACAUGUUUACCUGUAAAUGUAUUAAAUAGACAGCAUUGCCUUUGC